AUGAGGCGAAAGGAUGCUCUUGAAACGAUCGCAGCGACCAUCGUCUCGGAAGUCCAUUUGGGGUACUUGCGAGACCUGGCGCAAGCAACUCCCGUUGCGAUCAAGAGCGCUCACAACCACCGUCAAUUCGUCAAGCAACCGCAUGAUAUUGGCAAGGAAUUACGCAUCUUAAUGAGCCUCUCCCACGUCAACAUCAUAGAGGUGCUCGGUUAUACACACGAAGACUCCAUAAGUACGCUGUACUUCUGGAUGCCAUUCGUGCCCUUUCAGCUCUACCACGUGCUCAGCAGCCCGCAUUUCUCUCCGUACGAACUCAACGUCGACGAGAAGACUUGGACGCUAUCAGCACCCUCCUCGGCCUGCUUCCUCGUCGUCCUCAAAUCCAUCUUAUACCAGAUAUUUUCGGCCCUCUCCCACGUCCACAGCCUCCACAUCGCUCACCGAGACGUCAAGCCCCGCAACAUUUUGCUUACCGCGGACGGAUGCGUCAAGCUCAUCGACUUCGGCGUCGCAUGGACGGAGACGGUCAACGCGCGCGACCUGUGGCCAGAACCCCCCGGCCACAUGUGCUUCGAGGUCGCAACUGGACCAUAUCGCGCGCCAGAACUGCUCUUUGGAGCAACGCGUUACGACGCGGCCGCGACAGAUAUAUGGAGCUUGGGCGCCGUUAUGGCGGAGUUCUUCACCCCGCUCCGCCUGCAGCGCUCGUACGACGACUCAGACGAAGAUUCCGACGAGGACGACACCGAUCCGCGUGCGGGCGCGCUACCCGCGAAAGUGCCAUUCAUAAUCCCAAAAGCAUUGCACCCGAAUCAUCCUGACGUAGAGUGGGAGCGGGACUCGCUAUACGACGCGAGCAAGGGCACGAUUGGGCACGCGUUCAGCAUAUUCAAGGUACACGGGACGCCCAACGAGCACACCUGGCCAACGUUCAGACAGCUGCCAGACGCGCAGGUGCUCAACUUCGUGGAAGUCCCUCCAGUCGACCUACGGGAGCUGCUCCCCAACCUGCCCCCAAAUGAGGAGCCGCCCGAACGCGAGGAUUGCCUUAAUCUUCUGUCGCGACUCUUGGCGUACCCACCGGAGUCGCGGCUACGCGCCCAGGACGCGCUCGCACACCCGCUCUUCGCGCGAGGUCUGCCUCUGAGGCUGCCCCGGGAGUUUCCAAGAGAAGGUCUACCUUCCGCAUUCUCCGAGGACCGGGAGGGUGCCACCCUUGCGGGAAUUCUAGCACACUACCUUCCCGAGCGGUCGUCGCGACAGGGAUCGGGCUACAAUUCAUGA